AUGUCACUUUUGAUAGCAAUUGACGAUAUGUCUGGGGGUGAAGAAUAUCUAUCCCUCCUUAUAAGUCAAUUAAAUGAUUUGAAGAAACAAGUUGGCAAUGUUUUUCAUAAACAACUUAGAGAGUCGAUUGGCGAAGCAAAAGAAUACGUCAAAGAAAUACAAAAUACAGAUAAACAGAUCAACAUCAGCAAAGCUCUUGCUCCCUUCUUUAUUGCAAUGAAGGAUGAGAAAAAAGCUUACCAAGGACUCGUUUUAGACACGUUUUAUAAAGUAUUUCAUCAUGCGACUGAAAAAUGCUACCCCAACAAAGAAUUAACAUUUAAUAUCAUAAAAUGCGUCUUAGAUCAAGAGCUCGAUCCAAAAGAAGAAAUUUGGACUAAAGUUUGCAACUUAUGCUCUUGCAUUCAAAAUUCUAAGUCCGGCAUACUUUAUGUUCACGGCGAGAUCCUCCAGAAGUUAUUUAGACUCAUAUUUAAAGUUUACAAUGCCACAGAAAAUCAGCAAACUAUUAAAUUAGUUGAUACAACGAUCAGACCUAUCGUAACAUUAUUAUUUACGAGUUACACGGCACCUCCUGAGAUUCUCAGAACCAAAACUGUUCAAAUGCUUGCCGCAAAUAUCGUACAACAGAUGGUAGACAAUUCUUUAGAAAUUAUUAACUUUGUCGAGCCAUAUCUUAAGCAAGGAGAGCACAAUCCGUCAAUACGUGAUGUAGACCUCUUUGUUUUCUUCACAACAUUAGCUAAAGUCAUCGAAUUUAACGCUACAAAAUUACGAACAAAAAUUCUUGCAACAAAACUCUUCAUUAAUGCUCUAAAGCUCGACCAUCCAUUUUUACAAACAUCGCUCUUCAAACAUCUCCUAAAUACAACUCUCCACGUCACAUUUUUGUCAUUAACAUUAAAUUCACAGAUCGAGCUUGCCGAAUCCACCGCCGAACUCAUUCUUACACUCUGGGAGAGAUUCGCCAGCGUAUAUACUAUCGGAUUAAACGAAUUGAUGGUAAAAGGUUUAAUGACAACCUUAAUUUCACCGGACCAAAACGUUUUAAUGCGUUCUCUUACAGUAUUCGGCCUUCUCUGCAAGCAGCCACAGCUUCUUGUUGAUUUCUUCGUCAAUUACGACUGUGAUGAAUCCGGAUUCUUCCAGAACGUCUUUGAGAACUCAAUCAACAGUGUUGUCAAGCUUGCCUAUCCAGAUGCCGCACAACCACACAUCCAAGUCCUUUCUUUACACAUAAUUACCGAAAUAUUGAAACAAUUAUACGAUUACUUCGAGAAUUUACAGAAUUCUAAGAAGCAGGAACCAUCUACACCACAAACAUACCUCGAUGCGAAGAAAGCGAAGGAUGUUUUCACAGAAGGUCUCGGAAUAUUCAAAAGAUCUUUCAAAAAAGGCCUUGCCUUCUUUGUCCAGCACAACAUUGUUGAAGACACACCAGAGGCCAUUGCUAAGUUCCUCUACAACACACCAUCACUCGAUCCAGCGAUGGUUGGCGAAACAAUUGGCUCAUCCGGAGAAAAAUCCAUCUCUAUUUUGCGAUGUUUCACGAAUAUCUUUGAUUUCAAGGGCCUCACAUUCGAACAAGCCUUCAGAUUGUACUUAGGCAAGUUCCAAGUCCCAGGAGAAGCCCAAAUGAUUGAUAGAGUCAUGGAACAAUUCGGUACAAAAUUCUACAACGAUAAUCCGACACUUUUUUCAUCGGCUGACACUGUUUAUGUUUUAGCUUUUAGUACGUUGAUGUUACAUACAGAUGCCUGGCAUCCCAAUGUAAAAUCGCGUAUGACAUUGCAACAGUUCAUUGCUAACAACAGUGGAAUAGACAAUGGAAAAGAUUUGCCAUAUGAAUUAUUGGAAGAUUUAUACAAAGGAAUCACUUCAAAGAGGAUCUUCCUUCCGUCCGGAGCAAUGCCAAAUUCCGCCUUAUUGACAAGAGCACAAAGAGCAGAUCUCUACGCUUCACAAUGCAAAGCAACACUUGAACAAGCGAGAUCAAGAUCACAAGCUGAAUCAAAAGAGUGGAAAACAGCGGAAUCUCCAAUGUUCGUUGCACCGAUGUUCAAUGUGAUAUGGCGUGGUUGCUUGGCAGCAUUGACUAUUACAUUCGAAACAUCAAACGACAGACAGGUUUACUCAGUUUGCCUCGAAGGAUUGAGUACAAUGGUACACAUCGCAAGUCGUUGUUUCAUUGAAACCGCGUUGGAUACAUUAGUUGAUGCUUUUGCGAAGUUCACGAAUAUGAGGAAAGGCGCAACAGACAUCAGACUCAAGAACAUCGAGUGCACAAACACUUUGUUACAAAUUGCAUACGAUGACAGACAUUUCUUGAGAGGAGCGUGGGAUAUAGUUAUUGGUGAAAUUUCUUCUCUUGAAAAAAUAAAUUUGCCACCAGAAAUAAAUGCGACAUUGAACGUCAAUUUGAUAGACGAACUGUUCACGUCAACAGUAUCUCUUGAUAGAGAAUCCCUCGUAGAUUUCGUAAGAGCACUUUGCUCAGUCUCUAAACAGGAAUUACAAGAAAAACCAGCAAGAAUUUACAGUUUACAAAAAGUGUCAGUUGUUGCACAUUUCAAUGUGAAACGACCGAAAUUUUUAUGGGUUGCUGUAUGGGAUAUCAUUGGCGACUACUUGAAUUUCGUUGGCACACUUAAUAAACCAGGAAUUCCUGAGUUGGCAAUAGACAUGACGAGACAACUCGCUUCGAAAUUCCUUCUCGAAGAAGAACUAAUUAAUUUCCAUUUCCAGAAACGGUUUAUGUCACCUUUCCAACAUAUCUUCGAUAACCAACGCAAUGUACAAGUUAAAGAUCUUGUUUUAACUUGCAUUUCCGCAUUGGUGAGCGAACUUGCAGAGAAUUUGCAGAGUGGAUGGGUUGUUGUUUUCCAAGUUUUGACAUCAGCAGCAAGUGGAAAAGAAACAUGCACACACGCGUUCGAAGUUGUCGAACAGAUGAUCAAUACAAGGAUGAAGAUCUUACAACCACAAAUGAUUCAUGUCCUCAAUGUUUUAUCGUCAUUUAUCGGUUUGACAGAAAAUUUGACGAUCAGAUCUAGAGCUGCAGAAUUUUUCGGACCAGUUUCACAUCACAUUCCAAAGAACGAUGAUGAAAAGUGGUCUGCAUUAUUACAGUGCAUCUUUAGAUAUGCGAGUGACAGAGAAGAAGCUGUUAGAGCAGCGAUGAGAGGUGCUUUUCUCAAUGAUGUAGUUCAGAUGAACGAUUGCGAUGAAGAUGUUUGGAAAGAGUGUUUGUUGUUGACGGCUCCUCAAUUCUUUAACGAUGUAAAAGACGAAGAAUUAUAUAGCUUCGUCGGUGACAUCACGAAAAUCGCUUCUCCUAACCAUGAACACUUAGUCAUCUCAUUCCUUCUCAAUUUGGUUUACGGUGCAAAUAAUAAUGGUGUAACUUCUGUCGCAAUUGCAAAUCUAUCGGCUGUCAAACUGCCAAUGGACGAUAAAUCUGUUUUGUCAUGUCGCGAAGGCAUCGACAAAGUUGUUGCCAAUUUCGAGAAGAUCUCGCCCGAGAACCAAAUUGCUUUCUGCGAUUUGUUGAUGUAUUUCUGCCAAGAUCCAAACAUUGCACCGAAAUGUUACGAAGCAAUACAUCACUUGAAGAUUCCUGACGCAAUAAUGGUUCACGUCAGAACUCCUUUGCUUGUUAUUACUAAUGUUGUGAGCGGUGACAUGGAAUCGAGAAUUGUUUUGGCUGAUACAUUCAGAUACUUCUUGGAAAGACUCGACCAGAAACCAAAGAAAUGGAAUGAAGCAGCGAAAUUCGCUCUGGAGUUCCUCCUGAAGAGUAACGAUUUCCAAGGAGCCUUCGAAUUAUCUAAGGAUUCAAUAAUAGCUAUGAUAGAAACACCUUCAAAAGAAGUAAGAAAAGCUGUAGCAGCUGUUCUCGCAAAAAGACUGCUCGAAUAA